UUUUCUCUCUAAAGAUUAAUACUACAUCACUAUGUUUCUAAUAUUUUCUGCAUUUUCUUGAAUAGAAGUGUUGAUCGCUCUAUCUCUUUUAAUUAAUUUCUGUAAUUUUCUUCUCUCAGGCAUGUUUCAAAGUCACGAGUAACUUGGUGUGGUGACAAAAAUAUUCUAAGAUCAUGACUUUUUGCAAUACUGAAAUGGCAUUUUUCCCAACCAAUUUCAUGCUACAUACUCCUCAUGAAGAUGACCAUCAAGAAUUCCAUGGUGUUGCUUCAUUUCUACGGAAAAGAUCCAUGUCAAUUUUUUCUAAUAAAUGUGAGGAAAAUCAUGGAGGGGAAGAUGUUUUGUCUAAUGAUGGGACACAUAAUGAGACAUUAUUAGGGGAAAAGAAGAUUAGAAGGCUUAACAUGGAACAAGUGAAGACACUUGAGAAGAACUUUGAGUUAGGGAACAAACUUGAGGCUGAGAGGAAAAUUCAACUAGCAAGAGCACUAGGACUACAACCAAGGCAAGUUGCCAUUUGGUUCCAAAAUCGGAGGGCAAGAUGGAAAACAAAGCAAUUGGAAAAGGACUAUGAUGUUCUCAAGAGGGAGUUUGAAGCUAUCAAGGCAGAAAAUGAUGUUCUCUUAGCUCAAAACCACAAGCUUCAUGCAGAGGUAAUGAUACUGAAAAAUGGAGAGGGGACAACAGAAUCUAUCAACUUGAACAAGGAAACAGAAGGUUCAAUAUGCAGUACUAGAAGUGAAAACAGCUCUGAAAUUAUCAAGCUAGAUAUCUCAAGGCAACAAAUGCUACAAUGCAAUAAUAUGAAAUUAAUGGACCAAACUGUCAAAGAAGAAACUUUAUCCAACAUGUUCUCUGGAAUUGAUGACCAAUCAGCUGGAUUCUGGCCAUGGCUUGAACAGCAACCACAUUUCAAUUAAAUUUUUGAAAAAAAUAAUAUUAAAAAAGGAUUUAUAAUUUGAUGCAUUUGGUUAAAAUUCGUCAGAGAUGAAUUAAGGAUUUAAUCGUAUGGCGAUUUUCUUCCUUUUAAGAUAAAAAGAAUUACUAUUUUUGCUGUUCUAAUGUUGUAUAAAGUAAAAAGUGCGUGCCGAUUUGAAUAUUUAUGGAAGCCUUUCCAG